UGUUUUUGUUUUAAAUUAUUAGGAAACCGUUUUUUACUCUUGAGUCUGAAUAAAAACUCUUUCAUUCUCUUGCUGUUAGUUAAUGUUUUACGUAAUUGUCUGUGUUCUUGUUUGACAUAAAAGCCUGAAAUCAAUAGGCCAGCUAUUUGCUAGAGAACAUGUUACUGUUUACUCAUAAAGCUCAAUAAUCUUUUCUCUUUUCACUUAGUCUUCCCAAGACCUGCUCUUCACAGUUCAGAACUUCGAUCUCUGAAAAACAAAAUAGCCCCAAACCCUUGUUUGAACCACCAAAGUGUAAGGUUUCUCCAAAAUUUGCUCAUCUCACUAGUUUGCUGGACCAGACAUCCCAGCUGCCUCCUGAAACAUUUGCCAGGUUGCUAUGUUAUCAGCAUUAUUUGUCUUUUAAUAAUGACGUCUGUUUUUCAGCCGUGGUACCAGACAGAGAACUUGUGUACAUUUGCUCUCCUUGAGUAAGCUGAUUCUCUUCCAGCAGUAGUGAAUCAAGGUUUCGCUGUCCAGCAUAACAUGAAGUCACAAUGAACCUAAUAAAAGUUCAUUGAAAGCUCUUAAACUUUACACUUUUUGUUUUAACCUGUCUUCUUUUUCUAGUUAUGCAUUACAGCUCUCUUUGCGUUUGUGUUAAUUACGCAGAUUCUCGUUCAUAUGCAGGGACUGAUUUUAGCACUUGAAGGGUCAAAUUCUAUGACAAAUGUUAGAAGUCAGAGGCAUUCCUGGAAGUCAUGGUUUUUAAAGCUUUUAUUGGGUGACUAUGACUAUUGGUAGAAUUCCAUAAUGGAAUUGAUGUAAUUAAAACAUUAAAUCAUAAUUGCUGUUAGCAAAACACUAAACUAGGAGAAAUCUCAAUUCAAUACAUACAAAACUGUAAUGUCACCUAUUACUGUUUCUUUUUAUUCUUUCCAUCUGCAAGAGCAUGAUGAUCCAUUGUCCACAGCAAAAAUUUCAUGUUUAUACAUUCUUUCCAAUUUUCUAUACUUUCUAUCAAGGCACAGUAUGAAGAGGAUUUUAUAAAGCUUCUGGGUGACAAGGCUUUCAGCGGAGUUGUUCUCUCAUCUUGUGGGACCUGCUAUUUUUGACCCUUCUGGUCAGGAUGAGACUUCUGUGAACUGAAAGUUCCUAUACUUGGUAUUUACACCAGUGCUCUCAGCUGAUACCAGCACCAGCUUGCCUCGUUUCUAUUUUUGUGUUAUAGCUCUUUGUGCCAACAUUUGAAGUACAUUUUUAACUCCAAAGUUUUAAUUUCCCUUGUGGUUUUUGCUACACAAUUAGGAUUCAAGACUGAUCCUGUUAGGAUAUUGAAGCACUUUCUGCAGUAGUGGGCAAGCUUCCUGACCUGAAUCCCCAGCCUACACUAUUUCUGACUGCUUACACUUCCCUGUACUUCCUUGGAUACCAUUUUCUUAGCCGGACUGGAGUUUGCCUCUCUGGGCCUACAUAGGUGCUUUAGAUUUAAUACUGGAAAAAGCUGGUAUGAGAAACCUGUGUCUUUUUAUCUUAUUUCUGCUUGAGAUACUGGUAAAAAUAAUUACAUUUUUAGUCACAUCUCUGUUGUUACUAAGCAUUUCAGUAGAGGUUUCUAUUUAAUUAUAACUAAUUCUAAUAACUAGAAGUAAUGUAAUUGUUUUGGGUGUUGUGGUGUGAGACAUACUUUAAAAAUACCUUGGUGUUUUGAAGAUAGGUAUCCAGCCUGUGAUGUCUGUGAAGUUUCCCAUUAUCUCUUAAGAACUGAGGUGGUUUCUGGUGUCUAAAAGCAAGUUUGGUAGGUUUUUCUUAAGUUGUAGCUAUAAUUGAAAUGAAGUUAUCUUUGCUCUAACAAUAAUGUUUCUCUUCACAAUUUUUUAAACAAAAUAACUUCCUUAACAUGAAAAUCUUUCAACUGAGCACCAGAUCGGCUGUAAAUUCUUUUUGUGGUUUUUGCUUGACAGGAAAAGGAACAAAUUUAAGUAGUCAGUAUUAUUCAGUGGAAUAAUUGGUAAUGAAAAAUGGUAUCUUAUAUACAUCUCAGUAUUCACAAAAUAAUGAACAUCGAUACUUCCAUUAUUUAGAAAAGUGCAGAUUUCUGUACAGAUAAUUGGUGAUAAGCAAAGUUAACACCCAACUAACAUAGCGCCAGCGUUACAGGAAACACUGCACAAUCUAAUAGUUCAAGAGCUGUGCUUUGUACAGCUACAUAUGAGAAUUGUCCUAGAUACUUGGAAAUUAUCAGAUUGUGAUACCCAUCUGUUCUGAGUCAUACUUCAUGACUUACUUUGUCAAAAUUGGUUUACUGCUACUACCUUUAAAAUAAAACUUGAAAACUGACUUGGGCAAAAUGUCUCUUCCUGAAACAAUCAGAAAAAACUGAAUGAGGUAAAGUCUCUUUUCCUCAGUUAGUUGUACUACCUCCAUGUUUUCAAUGAAUGAAAGUAUCUGGGGAAGGAAUGCUUUAGUAUUCAGGGAUAUCAGCCUAGGAUUUGGCAAAGUCCAAGCUAUGCUAUCCAUUAUGUGAAGGUGAUCAAGUUUUACAGCUCUCCUGUUUUGUCUUAGAUGAAAUUAAAAUUCAAAUUUACCUGCAACAGACUUUCUGGGGAAACGGCACAACAUGCACUUCUUGGCUUAUAGAAGGCAGGGAUCUUCCUCCUCUACAAGGUAUUAUUAGAAGCACAAAAGGAAUUGGUGGACUACAAAGGACUUGGUAUAAGUGUUCUUGAAAUGAGCCAUCGGUCCUCAGAUUUCACAAAAAUUUUAAAUACAACUGAAAAUCUCAUGCGUGAAUUGCUAAAUAUACCAGACAACUACAAAGUUAUUUUCCUUCAAGGAGGUGGAUCUGCUCAGUUCAGUGCAGUCCCGCUUAAUCUUAUUGGUUUAAAGGAAGGCAGACAAGCAGAUUAUGUGGUUACUGGAGGCUGGUCGGCAAAAGCAGCUAAAGAAGCAGAAAAGUAUGCCAAAGUAAAUAUUGUUCAUCCCAAACUAGGAGCCUAUACAAGCAUUCCCGACCCAAGCACUUGGAAUCUUAAUCCGGAUGCAUCUUAUGUGUAUUAUUGUGCCAAUGAAACUGUUCAUGGUGUGGAGUUUGACUUUGUACCUGAUGUCAAAGGAGCAGUCUUGGUUUGUGAUAUGUCAUCAAACUUCCUGUCCAAACCUGUGGAUGUUUCCAAGUUUGGUGUGAUAUUCGCUGGUGCUCAGAAGAAUGUUGGCUGUGCUGGUGUUACUGUUGUAAUAGUACGUGAGGACUUGCUGGGAUUUGCACUGAAGGAAUGCCCUAUUGUGCUGGAUUACAAAACACAGGCAGCAAAUAACUCAUUGUACAAUACUCCGCCGUGCUACAGUAUUUAUAUAAUGGGAUUGGUACUGGAAUGGAUAAAGAAUAAUGGUGGAGCUGCAGCUAUGGAUAAACUUAGUUUAAUCAAGUCACGGAUGAUUUAUGAUAUUAUAGACAAAUCUAAUGGAUUUUAUGCAUGUCCAGUGGAGAGAAAGAACCGAAGCAGAAUGAAUGUACCUUUCCGCAUUGGCAGUGUCAAGGGUGAUGAAGCCCUUGAAAAGAAAUUUCUUGAGAAGGCUGUGGAACUUAACAUGAUAUCUCUGAAGGGACAUCGGUCUGUGGGAGGAAUCCGUGCCUCUUUAUAUAAUGCGGUGACUGUAGAAGAUGUUCAGAAGCUUGCAGCAUUCAUGAGAACCUUCAUGCAGACGCAUCAGUCAUAAAUGCUCAUGGGUUAGAGCCAUGAUGCAUAUCAAUGAAAUAAAAGCUGAAGGGUUUUAGCGUUGCUGUGGUACUGCACGGCUGUAGCGCACAAGUUUUUUCUUUUUGUUCCUGUAGCAAUUUUAAUUAACUGAAUGGGACAGAGGCCCAGUCUUGCAAUGAUGUGGAAAUUUUGGCUUUGCUGAAGUUGAGGAUCCUCAGACUGAUCAUGAUUGAUUCCAAAAUUUGAAAAUGUGUGGUUAAAACAUGAAUAACAUUCUAAGAUGCUGUGGAUCUGAGUCUGUUUCUCACUUCUAGUUACAAAUGACUUCAGCAAUGCCUUCUUUUUAGUAAAAUUCAAGAAACAAAAUUAGUCAUAAACUCUGUUAUGUUUUACAAAUACUCUUUGACUGCAUAAUGAGGUAAACUAACAUGGUUUCUAGGGACAUCUAGUUGGCUUAUGCGGUGCAUUCCAACAGUGUAGCACCAGCAGUAUUUAGGAGUUAACACCAGCAUUCCUAACUUGAGGAUCCAGCCUUCAGACUACUGCUCCAAUGCUAGAAUACUAUCAUAACCAUUGCAAGCAAUUGUGGUUAAAGCCUGCAGGACUGGGCUUUUCUCCCCAUUAACAUUUAUUAGUUAAAAGCUAAGAUUCAUAAGUCUGAUUAAAUCAAUUUCUAAGAUUUUUUUAUUUCUAUAUGCAUUUUGUAUAUUAAACUCCUAGGUUAUUAAUCUUAUAGUCUUAUUGUGGAGCAUGCAUAUUUGCUGCUGCAAAAAAUUUGCUUCUUCAUUGUUAACCUUGUGCUAGACUGGAUUGCUGUAUUCCACUCAGUGGGCCUGUGACUUUCUCUGCACUGACUUUGAGUCCACAGUGCAGCAGACUUCUUUGUCUGGUGUUUCUUUAGUGUUUUUCCUCUCUACUUGCUCCAGUAUUUGUUCUACCUUUUCAUUAUUUCAGUUCUGUAGCCUUUUAUACCUGGAACUUGGUCCAACUGGAGUAAAUAAUAGUCUUCUCUGCCUUUUCCUGACACUGCAGUGUACUUUUGGUCUCACUUUCUCACUUGGUCCUUCUAGCUUAUUGCAGACUUUGAUGGUUUGGGCUAGAGAGGUCACUGUGGUUAUGCAAAGAUCUUCAGAAGAUCUCCUGUUACAGAAUCCUUGAGUUGCUUUUUUUCCUCAGCUUGUGGCUUAAUCUCCUAUUUUAACUUGUGUAGAAGCUAUCAGCUACUGUCAGAAUGUUUAGCAUUACUACAGCUGGUUUCAGACUAAACUCUUUGGCACACAAUGGGGAUUUCUUUUUUUUUUUUUAAUUUUUGUGUAGCAUCAGUGCAGUGGUAACAAUUUAUUAAUAAUGGUGUACUGUUCCCUUGAUGGAACCUCAGAGCAAGAAGGUGCUGGGAUUGAGUUACAUUCUUAUCUGAAAAAUCAUUUUAAGACUACUGUUUGGUGAUUUUUGUCAACUUAGUGUAACUCAAAGUAACUAAAUUAUGUGAAAAAAAAUAAAAUUUAAUCAUGAUAUGAUGUGAAGUACCAUUGUGUUUGAAACUUUUUGAUUCUGUCAUGUUCAGGAGGAAAAUCAAGACGUGUGUUAGGAUUUUAGAUUCUAGUAUAUUCCUUUUCCCUAGAAAGCAAGCUUCCCUCAUGUAUGUUUUAUUUCUUUCCAAUAAGAGUCUUUCCUAUAGGAACCAUGGAAACAAAAGUAUUAUUAUGAAUGCUUAAAGAACCCUUUUUGCUCUACCUAUUAUGAAUAUCUAAUUUGGAUUCCAUAUUAAACUUUUUAACUUUAUAAAUUUA